AUGAUCAACGACGAGCUGCUGAGUGGUUAGAGAAUCACAUUGGUCCACCAGAUACCGUGAGACACUAUUGGACUCUAAGCUAUGCUAUCAGGAAAAGGAUUUUGAAAGAGGGCUGUACUGUUCACGACUAUUAUUCAACGUUCCCAGUACUUAAGUCAGCACAGGGUGCAGAGUUGCUUGUCAAUGACUUUGACGUAUUAUACCCCGAUCUUUCGCAGAAUUUUUUACAUCGAUGGCAAGUUGCAAGAGAUAUUGUCAUCACUGCUCUCAAUAGCUGUACAGGUAUAAAAGGGGAAGAUCUGGGAUUCAAAACAGCGUUACCUUCACUCGCACAGCACAAUAAAGAUGCACUUCUCUUCUACCUGUUACCGUACUUGAUAAAACCACCUAGAAGAGGAGCUGAAGGAGAAAAAUCUCUUACGGUGAAAGAAAAACAAGCAGCAUUCAUACUGCAUGUUGAAACCGCAGCUGAUAUCGAAGGAGCAUUGAACACACAACGGAAAGUGUGCGGAGAUUCUAACACAACUCUUCAACCCCUUCCCAUCGUCGUAGGUCCUCUCGUGAAAUUGGACGCGUUUUACGUGUACAUCAAUGAUUCUCUGGAGACUCCAACAAUCUAUCAAUCUCCAGAUUUACUGCAUAUGAUAGACUUGACUUUUAAAGUCUUCUUUUCAUUGAACUGUUCUUAUCCCACUAGGGCGGUUUCACUUUGGACAUUUAUACAAAAGGCCUUCUAUGACAUUCACCUAGAAACAGAUAAAUGUAAUAGAGAUACGGAAGCAUUGAUAGGUCAAAUUUCCCACGAGUGUACCGGAGGUGAUGAGAACGUUAAUCCCAAUGGAAGAUAAACAAUUAUUAUUUAUUUGCAACACAUGUAAUCUGACUUUUCCAACAUGGCAAAGUCAUCUUAGUCAUUUAAGACUGAACCAUUCCUCAUUUCCUAGCUUUAUUUGCGGUGAAAUCUCAUGUUCGAGAAUUUUCAACUCUAUAAAUUCCAUAAAAACUCAUAUGA